AUGGUUUGUGCAGUUAUAGGAAAAUUGUAUUUCAGGCGUGUUCUUUACAUUGCCACCAUCGAGAAAGCCUCAGGAUUGGUGAACUCACUUCUUGAAAAUGGCCGAAUUGAAGAACUUGGCUUAGUUGUUACAGAUGAACUUCACAUGAUGGGGGAAGGCGGUGGCCGGGGUGCAAUACUGGAAGGGACACUCACAAAGUUACGAUAUGCUGGACCAAAAGUUCAGCUUGUAGCAAUGAGUGCUACAAUUGGAAAUCUACAAGAAAUGGCCUCUUUUCUUGAUGCAAAACUUUAUACCGGAAACUUUAGACCAGUGGCAUUAACUGAAUUUGUAAAGAUUGGGGACCAAAUUUGGGAGUUGAACACCUCUGCCAAGACAGAAGACGAACUAUUGUACAAACAGCGUUUAUGUUGCUUCCCAUACACCAGAGAACAAAAACAGUUAGAUACUGACAUGAUUGGUGGUCUGGUGGGAGAGGUUGUUCCUGAUCAUUCAUGUAUUGUUUUCUGCCCAACCCGUCGGAAUUGUGAGACGUUGGCUGAACUUAUUUGUCAGAUCUUACCCAGGACGAUAACAAAGAUAAAACGCACAGAAAAGGUUUCUCUUUACCGUGCAGUUGUUGAAGAAGGUGGAGGCAAAGUUUGUCCAACAUUAAGGAAGACCAUUCCAUUUGGUGUUGCCUAUCAUCAUUCAGGUCUGACAGAAGGAGAGCGUCGCUUGAUUGAAGAGGGAUAUCUCACUGGCACAUUAUGCUGUGUAUGUUGCACCUCAACCCUAGCUGCUGGAGUUAAUCUUCCUGCUCGAAGGGUAAUUAUUCGUUCUCCAUACACGGGCAGUGACUUCUUGACACCAUCACGAUACAAACAAAUGGUAGGAAGAGCUGGACGAGCAGGGCUUGACAGUUGUGGAGAGAGUUUUUUAAUCUUACAGAAAAAAGAUAUCAAACUUGUAAGUAGUAAUGCAUGUACUGUUUGGUCUUAUUUCACUGCCUCAUCCACAUUGGGUUUAGGGAUAGCUACUUCCUUGGCAAAUCUCAAGAAAUUAGUUUCAAUGUCACUUCUUGCAGCCCAUCCUGGUGGUAACCAAGUGGAACUGGAAAACAAGGUAACCCAGAUACUCGAGAAUCUGCGGAUAAAAGGCUUAGUGCGAAUCAAAAACUUUACUUGUGAAAAUGAAGUAACAGUUGCCAAGAUUAACUGGAGAUUCUAUGCCCAGGUUAUUAAUAGACCUAUAUCUGAUGGUGAUGAACUCGCUGCUAGUCGACUGGGACAUGCAGCAAUUAAAGGAAACAUCGAUCUUGAUUUGGCAAGUUGUCUGUAUAGUGAUCUCAUCACGGCCCGGGAAAACCUUGCUGUGAAUUGUUACUUGCAUCUCCUGUAUCUGGUUGUUCCUUAUGACAUUGUAAGCAGUGUAAAAGUUGUCCCAGAUGUGUUUUUACAAAGCAGGGCCUUAAAUGCUGUCAAAUAUGGUAUAUGUUGUUUCACUAGGCUUUGGAGGUCUGUUGUUGACGUUGUAAUCCUGACCAGGGCAUCUGGUGCCAAGGUUAAAUCAACAGACAUCACUGCUGGUAACUCUCAUGGCAUGUUCAUGCUUUAUGGAUAUAUGGAAAUGGAUCAUGUUGUACCUGAUGUUAGCUUUUCAAAAAAGUUUCUUAUGCUGGGUGAUGAAGAACUGAAGGUGGCAAGAUUGCUUGGCAUAACAGAAGGAGUUUUAAUCAAGUUAACAAUGGGUCAAAGGAGUAAGAAAACAUCAGAAAAUGUUCUACAGCGGUUCUACGUUGCACUUAUUUUGUAUCAGUUAUGGCUGGGAACUGGAAUAUGGGAAGUUAGUGACCAUUUCCAUAUGCAUCGUGGCUUCACCCAGCAGCUCUUACUAGCGUCCUCAUCUUUUUCUUCUUGUGUUCAGCAUUUUUGUCAGGAACUGGAAGAGUUAUGGGCAUUUCGUGACUUACUCUGCACCUUUUCAAGACAGUUAACAGGAUGCUGUUCUUUAGAACUCCUUCCACUGCUUGAUCUUCCAGGCGUUAAAAUGGGGCGAGCUAAGAUGCUGUAUAAAGCUGGAUUUCAUACUCUUCAUGAUGUUGCCAAUGCUGAACCAAGAUCUCUGGUUGAAAGUGUAGAGCAUCUACCUUACCGAACAGCUACACAGAUUAUUAGUUCUGCAAAGAUGCUUUUACUAGAAAAGGCAGAGUCAUUGCAAGGAGAGGCAGAAGAGGUACUAUUGGGACUACAUGAGCUACCUCCAGUUGUAAGUGAUGGCACAGGCACAGCUUCCUGAUGUUUUCUGUAUUGCCUUCCAG